AGACCCUUCUUUAGCAGGACCCUGGGCCCAUUUUAAGAACUCCGCGCCGCAGCAGGACCGGGAGAGUUGAGAUGGUGACGGCUUGGGGAUAUUCAAUUCUUUUCCAGGUCUCGACUUGUAUUUGCGACAGCAGAGGCAUCCUGUGAAUUUAUCCGGACUCCCACGAGCUCGCAAACAAUAUACUUUGCACCUGUUUCACUCAUGCUCGCGCACGUGAUAUUGAUAUCAACAUGACCGAUAGUUAUGGAUAGUGGCAACGCUGCUGGAAGUUGGAGGGGAAGCAGUCAAGAUGUAGAGCCUACAAGUUCCCAUGAAGAGUGUCUUAUCCGCAUCCUAACUACUUUACCCCGUGCGGUGUGGUUAAAACUUAUCCCAAGUCGAUGUGGAAAUAUUGGGAGCCCCGUGAACAGCCUCGCUACCCAGUUCUCAUGCCGGGGUCAGAUGGAUAGCGAUUUGGAGACAACAGCGACGCGCACAGCAUUCGCGCUCAGCGUUGGCAAGGCAACGUGGGAAGCUAAAAACGAUCGCCUUCGUCUCCAAAACAUCUGUCGCCAGCAUAUGCAGUACACCAAAGUGAUGUGCACAAGAAUAUGUAGCGAAACUGCCUCUCAACUCUCGGUGCUCAGCGUUCAGAUAUCUAAGCGUUCUUGCAUCGCUGCUUACUACAUUGCUGACCAAACCCUAAGACGCUGACUAUUUAUGCUGUGACUACUGGCCUUUUUGUUAGCGCAUGUUCUAGACCACAACCCGGUCCCGCCUGUGGUCCCGCACACAUCCGAACUGGGGGUUUUUUUGUAGCAGUUGAUGUCGAGCUGUAA